CUACACCUCUCUCCCCCCUCCUCCUCCUCCUUCUCUCCAUCCUACCCCCUUCCUCACAGCGUUGGUCGCCUUCCAUCCAUCCUCCUCUCCUCUCCUCUUCCUCUCCUCUCCUCUCCUCUCCUUUCCUCUCCUCCGGUACCAUAACAGAUGGUGGGAUCAACAUUGCAUCCAGCGGGUACCACAACAAUAGCGCGCAGCCUCCAGUCCAGACAGCACUGGCCUUCCUGCACCGCGAUGCUCCCAGUGCGGGACUGUGUGCGGCAGUGAGUGCCGUCGUGAUUUAUUUCACGCGGUACCGCCACCAUCGCCACCAUCACGGCCACGGAGGAAGCUUCUUGCGACUGUUCGGGCUCUCCAUCGUGCGGGGAAGAUGGCCGCUAUGAAAAUAUUAACCAGCGCAGGGCUCUUCUUGGCGCUGUGCGCGCUCGGUUUGCUCACCAUGGCGAUUUGCACCGACUACUGGUACGAGACCGACGCCAGGCGACACCGGGAGAGGUGUAAAAACUAUGCCAACAAGCGGAACGACCCGGGCUACAUCUACAUUUCCAACCACAACCUCCCCCUCCAGAUGCCUCCUCUCAAGCGCCUGGAGAGCACAGGUAACGGCCCAGAGGCUGCUCCUCUCAUCCGGGGGAAGCGGCACUUUGUGGCCGCGGCGUCUGCCAUGGAGUCUCACUGCAGUCGGCAGUUUAACUCCACCAUCUCCGGCCUGUGGAGGAAAUGUCACCGGGAGGGAUUCGACCUGGAGACCGAGGACCUUAUUUACAAAGGAAUAAUUCAAAGGUGCACACCGGUCAAAUAUCACUACUCUUCAUCCAUCCUACCACGAAAUUUACCCGUCAACAUCACCAAGACCAUACGACAGGAUGAGUGGCAUGCACUGCAUCUAAGAAGGAUGACGGCCGGCUUCGUGGGCAUGGCUGUCUCCAUCAUCCUCUUUGGGUGGAUCAUCGGAGUGCUGGGCUGCUGCCAGCAGCAUGACCUCAUGCAAUAUGUAGCUGGGCUACUCUUUCUCAUGGGAGGAACAUGCUGCAUCAUCUCCCUGUGCACGUGUGUAGCAGGAAUCAACUUCGAGCUGUCCCGCUACCCCCGCUACAUGUACGGCCUCCCCGAGGACAUUAGCCAUGGCUAUGGCUGGUCCAUGUUUUGUGCCUGGGGGGGCCUCGGGCUCACACUGCUGGCUGGCUUCCUGUGCACCCUGGCCCCGUCCCUGAGCACGCCCACCCGCACGACGUCCCACAAACCGAGGCAGGAGAACGGCACCGUGUGACAGGACUGAGGCGAUGUGAAGCACCGAACACAGGAAACACACACACACACACACACACACACACACACACACAAACACACACACACGCCCCUUCCAACGUCGACGUGCAACUCUGAGACAGUUCACCCUCUCACGCCGCCCUCUACAUCGCCCGUCCCUCUUCAGUGUUUUCAGUGUGCCUGCGUCGUGACCGAAGGAGCGGAGUGAUGACGAACUCCAUGCACCCACAGUCUCAAUUUAAAAAAAAGAUAAAAAAAUCCAGAGAGGAAGUUCCAAGAACAAUAAGAGCGACACCUGCGUGACAUGUGACUGAGGCGUGGCUCUCACAGCACAAAUAAGACUUUUGGGUUUUUGUUUUUUGGGUUCGAAUUUUUAACAUGUUGACUUUUUGGCGAUUGAUAGGUGACUGUUUACGCUAAAGAAAAAAAAAAACGUCUUAAAAUGGUGCUCACUUUACUGCACACACACACACACACACACACACACCAGCUCACUUACUCCUGGUGAAUGAUGAGUGAACUCCUCCGAAACAGAACCGCCAGACUUCCUGUUAGCAUUCCUCUUUCAGUUGCGUGAUGUGUGCAGUGUUAUAUGUAUAUAUAUAUACAUAUAUAAUAAAAAAAAAAAACGAAGAAGAAGAAAAUCAGGCGUUUAGUGCCCAUCGUGUGUCGUAAAACAUACAGAUAUCAUGAGCAUGAGCGUGAGAGCCCGCGGGGGGGGAAAGAGCACAAAAUUAUACAGUUGCCACAUGAACAAAUGUGUGUAGAUUGCAGAUCGCUGACGUGUAAAAUAGAUUUUUGGGCGAGAAUAUUUUUUGUAUUCCGUUUGUGUCGAGGUGAAGGCGACAGCGAGGACGAAGCGCGGCGAGUAACUUGCGGAAGGCUGUAUCACAAAGCGACAACGAGAGCAAAGACGCGGGAAAACAAAGCGAGGAGGAAGCGUUCGCUCGCGCCGCUGUUUACCCGCGACGCCGCUCGGCUGUUUUUGCGUAACGACGGAGGACAAAUGAACCCGCUUCAGAAAAGAAAGCACAAGCUGUGUCCCUCCUUCUCAUCGACACCGACUCCUAUUGUAUUUCAUUUAUUUUAACUGAAGCAAUGCACAAAAAACAUCGUUAUUAUUAUUUAAAACCAGUGAAAGAUGCUUUAUUCAUUAUUGAGUUCGACACGAACAUCACACCGCGGUAGAAGACUAUUUUAGGGACGACUGAAUGGGACGUCAUUCAUGUAAAGUCAGUGUACUUUUGUUUUCUUUACCCAUGGUUUUACAGCAGUGGUCCUCAAAGUAACUGCCUGAGAAAAUAUUGAGCUCUUGACGCAACAACAUGAUCACCAACGUUAAAAUACAGUGGCGUAAAACAGACUUUAUUCCCAAUAAGAUCGUUUGCUCUCUCCUCAUCCUCCUCUUCCUCACAUGUACUUCAUACACUGGUGUCGUGACAUUAGAUUAAGAUGGAGCGAGACAGUAGUAUAUGUGUACAGCAUAUAUAUAUAUAUAUACACACACAUAUAUAUAUACACA